AAUACAACAGCUGCCAACACCGCCAACGAUACUCCCAAGAUAAAUAUCCAAAUAUUGUUGCUGUCACCUGUUGAAUGAAAAAGGCUUUUCAACAAGUUGUUAAAGAAGCCCACGUUUUUACGUUUUUCUGGGGGAUUCAGUCGAUUACUUUUGAACAACAAUAGCAACAUUGCUCAAAACUUGUUGGGAUUAAUCUUCCUGCUAUGAAAAAGUAAACAAGGCAAGUUAUCUAUAACAUCUAUUUCAUUGUCCCUAACAGUGUUUUAAUUUCCCUGACGUCACUUAUAAAGGCCAUAUCCAUAAAGAUAAAGUCAGCGAAAAAAGAUCUCAUCAUGCAUGCUUAUGGAGAUUGCUUCACAGCAAAGCCAUCAGAAGAUUAAUAGGCAAUGGAGAAUGAAAAUUUAGACGAUAGCUUGACGUGCAUUCAAUGGCUCUGUGAGAUGGAAUCGAACGAGAUUACAAAUGAGAAGACGCAAAAAUGUCUCCCGUCCUGUAAUUCCUCCAACACGUCAACCGUUGAAAAAGAAAAUGAUAAUCCGUACCCCAAACCUCAUUUGUCAUAUGCCACCAUGAUCGUAUUGGCCAUUAACAGCGCCAGUGAUAAGAGAAUGACGUUACAGGGUAUCUAUUCAUGGAUCGAAGAAAACUUCCCGUAUUACAAGCAUGCGAAGAAAGGAUGGAAAAAUUCCAUUCGACACAAUCUGUCCCUGCACAAAUUUUUCGUGAAAGAACAGCGAGUUGAUGCAGUUUUUAAUAAAGGGAGCUUUUGGCGUAUUUCAAAUGAAGGAAAGGAAAAUAUAGUAAGGAAUUUUCUUAUACCAAAGCCAAAAUUUGCCCUCUCCCCACCCAUUACGGUUCUACCUCCAGACCCGAAUCGUAAAUUGCGUCCGAUAUUACCGAAGCCUGCAGAUGUCGAAACCUCAAGCUUGCCUUGCAGCGUUUCGUUGUCGAACUAUAUUACACCAUAUAUGUUUGUACCGAACGCGAGCGAAACUGAGAAAUCGCCUCUGUCGCAGUUGCUCAGCACAUGUGCAGCUAUCAGUGAAGACAAUUCUACUUCAUUGGUCUCAACUGUAACUGAGUGGAAGUCAAAUGAGUCUGCUAGCUCGGGUAUUGGUGUCAAUUCACUUGUUCUUGAAAAUCACGGGACCUCAAUUGAUGCAAACACAUCUUAUCCUGCUUCAUCACAUGCAGUACACGCAAAUUCCACUCAAACCUCCGAAUCUACUCUAUGUGUCCAAGCCAGCACAACAGCCAACCUUGUUUGGACAAAUGCUGGUGGACAGUUACAUUAUAAAAACACGUUAGAGAAUUUACAAACUACCAGUGGAACUUGUUCUGUAAACGAAGACGCCUCGAAUGAGGCCAGCAUUAUUAAUGAAAUGACUCCAUGUAGCAGUGGAAGAACGUCUGAGCAAGAACGGUCUACGGCGUUAAACUCCAAGCGUUUACCCAAUAUACUUCGUCGCAAAAGAAAGUUUGUGAAAUCACCCGAACAAAUGUCGUCAAAUGUAAAAACACCUUUAAAAAACAGCUUACAGUCGACUUUGGCUGCGAUUAACUUCAGCAAUAAUACUCCUUUUUCACCAAACUUCCCUCCAAAAGAAACGCGUGUGGCGGCAUUAUCCCCGAGUGGGCAACUUCCAUCAACAGAUUAUUUUCAGCAGAAUAUUUUUGGAAGUCCAAACUUUUCUCUCCUUCCUUCGCCAGUGUCGCUUAUGCCGACUUUAACACCUCUUCAUCAAAGUGACUUUCAUAGAAAUACAGCAAGUACACCUGUGAAAUGUACGCCUAGUAGUACGGGCCUAACACCGGCUUCCUGUCAGCGCCCUAAUGCGUCUACAAAACAUCAGAGCUGUCGCAAGUCGCUCGGUCUUGACAAGCUGGAUGAAUCCGUCGAAUCUAUCAAUGACGUCAUGGAUUGGUAGAGCUCUUUUCCUGAGAUAAGUGCAAUGAUCUGAUUUCCAACUGCUAUUUGUUGUCAAGUAGUUGAAUAUUACACAGCAUACACGCAUGUGCGCAUGUUAAUAGGGGAACUAACUGGAUGGUGUAGUGGGAGUGUUAUCAUUUAAGAUAAAUUUUAUGGUUUACUAAUUGUAUGUAUAAUUGCCAUCAGCGUAAAUGUAGUUUAGUGAAAUUUAAAGAUUAAUGCUUCAUAUGGAAAUAUUUGCAUGUCUGAAACGAACUUUCGUUACAGCUCAUUGUUUGACAUGCGUACACAUGCCGCUGUUUGUAUUAAUUUAUCUACUGAGGUUGACACGUGACUUCCGAUUGAUUCAACAUACGUAUUCACAUCUCGCAUGCAUAUAGGAAUGUUGUUGUUAUGUGGUUUUUUGAAUGAACUGAAAACCCACUCGACUGUUUUUUAAUUAUACUGUUAAGUAUUGAGAUUAUCAAACUUUUCAGCAAGUUUAACGUUUAUAAAUUAUUGUAAAAUAGAUUAAUAUAUGUGAAUCAUGAUAGGCAUAUUCUUACAAUUAACAUCAAGUCAAUUUUUCGAAUAAAUAUAGACUUGACAAAUCCUUCGAUAAGAUCUAUUAGAAUUAUGAAUGAUCCAUUAAACCCUUUUUAUUGUUUUAGUUUGAAA